CCUGGAGCGGGACGUGGUAGUACUGGUCUCGUAUACUUACUUUACCACCUUUCCUGACUGGUAGACGCAGGCUUUCAGCACACACACACAAGUUGUCCUCCUCACCCUCUUUCCCUCUCCUCUACGAAUAGGCGCACCCUCGUCCAUCUCACGCCGCGCACCCACUUCGCCUGUUCAUCGCGUCAGCCUACGGCCGCAACACCGCUUUACCUUGACCACUCCGCUUACGUCGACGAACGACGAACAAGGAACGACGACGACGGAAGACGACAGCGAAAAGCACGAAUCUUGAAGCGAUCUUGAUGCUUCUUUCUACCUACACGGCCUGUUGAGCGCAGCUAGGACGCAUACCCAGCAAGAAUACCCAUGGAGAAUUCCUAAUACGCCCAAACGUCGAACACCCUUCCUACCUGCCUGACAGAAUAUAUACCGCUUGCACGGCCUAUCAUGGGUGGGAGGAGAUUGUCGAAUCUAGAUGGACAGCAUUUAGCAAUUCGUACCGAUGUGAAAGGCAAAGAUCGCGAACAGAAUGGCGGGUUUCGCAACGACGCAGCAGGCGGACCUUCUCAUCGUGUCCACCGCACCGCGUCGCUGAGUUCGCUCGCUGCUUCGAUUGACGAACAGGUCCAUACACAUCUCUCUGCUUCAUCGACCGGCAAUGACACGCUCUCGUCGUCUGGCAUGUCUGGCAUGUCCACAGCUCGCACAUCUGCUAUGCUCAGCUAUGAUGAUCGCUGCGAACCUCCUGUUUCCACGAGCACCUCGAUAUACGCGCACCCAGCUACUACCGUCCUCGAACUUGUUUCCAAUACCGCGUCUUCGUCUGCGUUACCCGACAAUUUCAGUUUCAAUUUAUCGCGAAAGGGGGAAUUCACAUGCGUUUUUACGACUUCAACCAUUUGGUUGAUCAAGGCGACCCAGCUGCCACGCCUGUGGGCAAGAACCUUGCAAGUAAAGAGGAAGCCUGUGGCUGUGGAUAUCUUAGAAGACGGAUCACUUUUGGCUGUUCUUUCACGACCAUCUCAAGUCGACGUGUACGAGAUUUAUGGGGAACACGACCGCCAGGUGAAGAAGAGACGGACAAUAAUGUUGGUCCAUGAGGCGCAUUCUAUGCGCAUUUCGCCAGACGGUCUGAUAUUGAUAACUGGCAAUACCUUUGGAAUCGAGGUCAUCUCAAUUGGACCUGAUGCCCCCGAGACUAGUCGAAGAACUCUCUCGGGCCCCGUGGGCGAUACCUUAGAAUUUUCUGAAGACGGGCGCACGCUACUAAUCACCAGUUAUGCUCGUAAGAGCGGUGGAACAUCCUUGUUUGUUCUUCCUGGGCUCUAUGAUGGGCCCCUGAAUGAGGAGGGCGAACCUAUGCCUGCAUCUCCCGAGGCCGUGUGGACAGGCCUCGUCCUGUUUCCUGAGACCACAAGAAUAGCACGACAGGCGACGCUGCUCCCAGAUGCUGAUACUGGGACAGUGAACGAACUUUUUGCUUUCAAUGCCGAUGAAGACACAUGGGGCAUCUAUGACAUUGGAGCUCAACGUUUCACCCAGAGAAAAAUGUUCCUACCCGAUCAACAGCGAUGGACCCGAUCCGAGUUCCUUGACGACGCCAUGCCUGCAGUCUCUGUCAAUGCAGACUUAGCAGCGGUUGCUUUAAAGAUGCGUGGAACAACGAGUCUAUGGAUCUAUCAGGUCCCCGAUUGGGACUAUCAACCCAACUCACAGAUGCCUGACCAAACGCCUAUUCAGCCCUGUUUCUGUGUGCCUAUCCUGCGCGACAGUCAGGAUGCUAAUCAAGAGAUAUGUGAGCUACGUUGGGUUAGGAUUGACGACAACAUCCAACGACUCGUUGCCGUUGGCAACGUGAGCAAGGUCAUCGUUGAUGGAGAAGAUUCAGUUGACACGCCUUGCUCCAAGGGGGUGAUCAUCAUUCUUGAUUUUGACAAGACUAGACCGGCCAGCAGUUCUAGCCCUGCUCCAAUCAAGAUGGAAUACGAUCUGGAUCCCCUUCUCCCCGGGGAGAGACUGCCUGAAGGAGAUAUUGACUUUGAGAGAGAGGUUGAGUUAGUGCGAACUCGUACCAUGGCGCAGCGUAGAGCACAGUCUCGAGCUGGCGAUGGAAGGAGAAAUUCUAGACAAGGCCCGCCGCCAGGGCGGGCGCGCACUACUGCGAACCGCGAACGAGCUCCCCCCAUGCCCACGAUCACACGGGAUGACGAGGGAGAAUUGACAAUGGAAGAGGCACAGGCGGCUUUUGAGGCACCGUAUGACAACACACAACCAAGGUCACAGAAUUCAUUGGCUAGAGCAGCCACGGUCGCUGCUGUUUCUCCAGCGAACCGCCGCCAUCUGCGGUCGCUUCCAUUUCGGCCCCUUGACUAUCGUCGAGCUGAUGGUAUGCGAGAGUUUCCUCACGAGAGCGAUGCCGACAAUUGGGUGCCUCCACCACCUGCGUAUACUGCAUCGGCUGAGGAAUCUCACAGCGUGAGCUUGAGCCACCCCGGUGCUCCACCGGAUGGGAUGCGCUCAGCUCUACCACAGAAUCCCCCCUUUCCCCCAGUACCAGCUCUUCCCACGAGUGUCAACGCCUCACAGGCUGCCGCACAUCUUUCUCAACAUCGACCAAGCCUUGCCUCCCAAUCCUCCUCCGACCUCACCCUCCCCGGAACAAAUGCUCGCCCUGCGCUGCUUCAUCCUUCCACUUACCCGAGCCCACAAUCUCCCGGUCCGGGCCGUCGUCGCAGCUCCGCAACCCAGCAUUCGCCUCCCCCACAGGUGCAAAGCCAGCCACCGUCGAAUCAACUACAGUCUGCUUACAACGCAACAUCCUCUCGUCACGCUGUCUCUUCUAUUCUUCGUCGGUCGACCCUUCGACCCAAUCGGGCUAUCGAGUCACAAGUUGAUCUUCGACCUCCCCCGCUCAUCACAGCCUCCAUGGCCAAUGGUCCACGUCGAGGAUCUGCUCCUGACACGGCAGCCAUCACACGUAGGCCUGUGGGUGCUCCCCCAUCUGCACGUGCAAAUCCGAACCGGAUGAGUAUGCCUCCUAAUGGGUACCCAACUGCCAAUGCCAACACAAACCCCGAUCCGAGAAGUAACGGAAAGUCGAAAUCAAGACGCUCUAUUCUCCCGCGACUUCUGCCUCCUGGUAAUCAUCACUCGACGAGAGCGGAUCCGGCCAGUGCACCUCCUCGAAGUCACAGAGGAUACACGCCACACUCAGCUGCCCCAGUAGCUCCGGUACAGCGACCAGCGAGCAGCGCAGAACAUCGACAAUAUCAUUUUGGCAUGUCACGCCAACAUCAGCAGCACUACUCGCAGCAUGAGCAAGGCCAACAUCCGCAGCAGCCUAAUUCUGCCAAAGAGAAGAAGAAGACAGCUUGUGUUGUCAUGUGAGGAAAGCCAUCGAACCCUGACAUAUACCCUUUCCCUACCACUGAGCGAUCGAAUGCCCAUUACCAUUGUUUGCCAGCAAUUUCAGCGAUUUAGUUUCAAAUGAAGCGCAGCAUUACACUCCGGCCCUAUCCGAAAAAGCGAAAACACCUUUUGAUAGUAAUAACCCCACUCGAUCUAUGCUAUCUACCUCCCACUCAUCAAUGCGAGCAUAGCUCCGUACAGAUCUUAGGAAGACAUUUUCAACAUACAAUUGCCAUCAUACAGUCGCUAUUGAUUCAUAUUUUUUUUUCUGGUGUUUCGUUUUAUAUACCCAUGGGGCGUUCACGUUUUCUUUCGUCGAUCUUGGGGAUAUUUUGGUUCAUGGACCAAAUGUGAAGGGUGUGGUAGGGCUUGAUUUCGAACAGAUAAAAUUUUGAUGAAACAUGCCCUUUCAGAAGGUAUGGAGGUAUCUAGAGGAGAUGAGGAA